AUGUCCAACCUCCAAUCGCUCAUCGCCGAGCUUCACAAAAGCCUCGACCAAAAGAAGCUCGACGCCGCAAACGACAUCCUCUCCCGCGCAAAACGAACUCUCCUCCAACAAAAUGUUCUCUUCCCUACCGCUUCAACCCCCGCACAAGUCCGCUCACAGGCCCGCGAGAUCCUCGAGCUAGGCGCCAUAACGUCACUCCGACAGAUGGACUCUGCAUCAUUCAUUCGAUACUAUCAACAGCUCCAACCAUUCUACGACAUCGAGCGCGAUACAACAAAAUCACAAGCCAGCUCGAAAACGAGCCAACGAAGCAAAAUAACGGGGUUGUAUCUGUUACUGCUCUUGAGUUCGGGCGAUACGUCGCAGUUUCACACGGUGCUGGAAGGGUUGAUCGUGGAGGCGUCAUUGGAAGGACGCAGUGUAGAGGAUGAUCCUUUCAUCAGAUAUCCUGUGGAGCUGGAAAGGAGUUUGAUGGAGGGAAGCUAUGAUAAGGUGUGGCGAGCUACCAAGUCGUCGGAGGUGCCUACUGAGGAUUUUGGCUUGUUCUCUCACGUUCUCGUCGGAACAAUCCGUAGAGAAAUCGCCGACUGCUCAGAAACAGCUUACCAAUCCCUCCCCAUCUCCAACGCAAAGGACCUCCUCUUUCUCGAAUCCGAAGGCGCGGUUGUCGCAUUCGCACAAGAGCGUGGCUGGUCCCUGAAAGAUGGACGCAUAUAUUUCCCCACCCAGGCGGAUGUUGUUGCUCCUGUGCCCGAGACGACCGGUACUGUUGAACCUGUGCAGGGACACAGGCCGGAGAAGGGUAUUGCGUUGGCAAGUGCGUCCGUUAUAGAAAACACUAUUGGCUAUGCGAGGGAACUAGAGACUAUUGUUUAG